AAGAAAGUAUCAAGUGAAAGCAUUAGCUACGAUAUUAUCCUUGCCAUACUGCGAAGCGGUUGGGAAAAAUCUAUUCGCGUGCUAGAAUGUGUGUCCCCACUCCCCGCUGGUGGCUAUUAUAGUUCGUGGUUUGUAAAAUUGGUGUCGGACAGCGGUAUGGAAGAUGAGACCAUGUUUGGCGAGAAGCAAUCGAUACGGGACUCGGCCCGUUCGCUCAAGAAGUACGGAAGCAUAUCCGGCGGAAGCCGCAGUCCGGCAGCGACCCUGUCAACGGAUGCACUUAUCCGGCACCAAGUGGAACGAACGGAUACUCUGCAAGGUCUCUCCCUGAAGUACGGUUGUAGUAUGGAACAAAUCAGACGCGUGAAUAGACUGCUGCCGACGGAUACCAUCUUUCUGCGGCCAUUUCUUAUGGUGCCGGUGGCGAAAGACUCACCACACUACCCGAAGGAUCCGGACGCCAUUAUACGGCCCAACAGUAUAGCUGCCCGGGCCUUCACCGCCCCCACCAGUAGUACCACGAGCGGUAGCACGAACAGUAUCAUCAGUAACAAUAAUAACAGUAUCAGCUCCGACGACAAUGGUUACUCGGUGAACGAGGGUUCACCGCUUGUCUCGCCGGAAGAGGAAAGUCGUAAGAACCUAGAAGAGUUUCUAGGCAAAAUCGACAGCUCAAUUGCCAGCACCCGGAAGUGUAUUGCUGAGGUGCAGCGCAACAGCGAGUUUGUGAACGGUAGCCAGAGCGACGAUAACAUAUUCUUCUCCUCGUCCGGUGCCGCCAGCGGAAGUGGCAGCAGCGGGUACUACUCGAAACCCCGUGCCUAUUCGAAUGCGUCGUCCUCGUCGUCAAUAUCGUCCUACCAGCAGUAUCACUAUCACGUACCCGGCUCAAGUACCGGUGUUAGUGGCAGCACAAGCGGUACCAACCACAAGCGACAGAGUUCCUCUGGAAGUGCAGCGUCCGACACCAGCCAGCUGAUCGUUAUGACGCAGGGCAAGCGGGUGCAAAGCUCGUUGCAAAAGCUCGAACGACAACAGGACGAGUUGUUCGAAUUGUAGCAUUGGCCGCGCUCGAAAGCCGCCGAUGAGAAGGAGAUGGACGACUGUGAUGAUGGUGAUACCGGAAGUAGUGGGGCUGCCGGCGAUGGCAAUUACCAGUUCCUGAAAAAAGGCUGCAGGAAGAAGGACACCGUUACCGUUUACAAAUUACCACUGUCCAAACGUCAUUGGCGCGGACUCUUCUCGAGGUGCUACCGUCAAGCACACCAGCGGCACCAGAGCGAUCGUGGACUUGAGAGACCGACCGUGUGUACUGUUGGUGCCGGGUUGAAGAGUAUGCUGGGCGAUAUCGUCGGAACACUGGUCAAUCGGGGACGUAGUUUGGCGGGACAACGAAACGCGAUGAAGAACACCACUCUGCUGACACCGGUUCCAAUGCGGAUGAUCGAAGGUACAAAAUUACUCUGAACAUAGGAACGCGACCACGUGGGGGGUGUUUCACUUUCUGUCUCCAAGCCUUAUCUUCCGUAAUCAUCACUAUUGUUUACACAACAUCACCUGUCGCCUUCUCUGUCAUUCGCGGCACACACAUCUUGCAGCGUGCUAGUUUUUGUUUUUGACUCAAAAAAACCGUCCAUCGGGACGGACGGUGUUUAAUAUGUCUAUCACCUCUGUAAAAAGUACAUGUACAUCACCCACCAUUCUUCCCUUGCGGUGCUGGUACGAUUGGCAAGAGUCGUGCCCAAACUAUUAUUCUCUUGUUUACCGAUGGUUGCGCGUGUUUCGUCGCUCGACGUUAAGUGUCGGAUUCAAAUAGAAGAUUGUAUGAUCGUACGGUCGAAUUAGUUACAUACAUAUAUGUGGUGGAACAAUCAAUUGUUCGCUAACGACACAGUAUUGAAGGUUUAUUUUGAGCGCAAAUACAAAGCGGCGAACACAAAGUAAUCGUGCAUGGUAAAGAAAAGGGUGUGCUUUGUGAAUAUUCACAUAUUUUCGUAUUAUUUUUCGAUUUAGGCUCAUGGAAAAGCGCUACACAAUCACUGUUGUACGUUCGUUAAGCUUCCCUUGCCACCGCGUGUUGAUCUUCAUGCGUCAGUUUCAUUACGCCGAUUGUAAUCCUAACAGUUUCAUUCUUAAUUCACAUCCAUUGGCAGUCACUGGCAAAAUAUGUACAGAGAAAGUGUGAUAAAAACAAUCGUAGCGUCAUUUUGUAUGGCCGUCCAAUGCCAAUGUUCCAUUUCAGUGUGUGCGAUAUCAGCGAACCAUGUGAGCUAGCGACAAGCUGGCGAUAACGAAAAAACGCUUCUUUGCGCUUAAGCUUCCAGCGUGUUAAUUGGUAGUACCAACAGAGCUCCACCGGUUAUGCACCCCAAUCCCGCUACACAUUUGAAUGCGAAUAUUCCACUCUCAUGCGACGCUAUCGUGGCGUCCGCGUGCACUUGAACGAAGUUUUGCGUCUUACGUGCUGCUUUGUCUUGCGUUGAGGCGUCGGAAAUUUUAUCAUUUCCAGCACAUCACAAAUCAUAAUGUUAACGUUAUCCACCGUACAUAUCGAAAUAUGAAAGAAUACUGCAAAACAUGAGAUUAUCUGGAAAUAUAUCCUUCCAUGGAUUAGGAGAACACUGAAAGUAUUGCCACUGAAAUCGCAAUACAAAACGCAAAAGAACAUGAAUUCGAAUUCCGUCGUGAAUUAAUCAAAAUAUGGUGUAUUACUUAUUAAAGCCGGACUACACAGAAUUUAAAAGAAGUAACACGACGACAUCGGUAGCAAAUGAAAGCACUAUACGUUAGAAAAUAUUGUUGAAACCAUGUUUUAGAGCCGAAAUGUAAAACUUACUAGAAACCCCGGAAUACGUAUAAUAUAUGUAUUUCGGAAAAAAACAGAAUAUGUUUCGUACGUUUAAUACCUACGCGCUACUCUGGCGUAAACUGGCGCAAAAAAAAAUCAAGGUCUUGAGCCCGCUGCCGACGUUUCGUUUCCUUUUGUUGGUUGACAUUAUUAUGGAAAAAGAAGCUAGUGUGAACACAGGCAAAGAUAUAGUUGUGUUGCAUCAAAAUUGUGAUAUCAUUUAAGUGUUUAUUUUUCAAUAUUCGUUCGAAAAGCGGUCUAACCCAUUCAAGCAGCAGUUGCACAGUUGGUGCUGGCUUCAGACAGUGUCAGGUUGGUUGAGGUGGGUUCGGCGACCGAUGGGAGAUUUAAAAGAACUGCUUUGUGAAUUAAACAAAAUACGGUCCAAUAUGUUGAUGGCGAAAUAAAAGUUUCUCGUCGUCCACGUAACUGAAAAUAGUAGAAUACGUCGUACAGUUUAUAAUACGUCGUAUUAGUUUAUAUUGUUCUCUCAAUGCUUGACUUUAUCAGUACCACACUGAAUCUGAACUUGAUUUGAUUAUAUUUCUUAUUAAAAUCUGCUAAAUGAAACUCUUGGCUCUUACACGAUCGGACGGUUAAGAGCAGUCCCCAACUGUGUAUCAACUGGUUGAGAAGAAUUCGAAUUACUUAUCGUAGAAAAACGUUGAGAGUUCCGAUGCACUACGAUUCUCAUCCGCUCGCCUCCCAUAAUCGACUUGUGCAGUACGACGAGCCUUAACCGUGUAAAUGUCUGUGUAUAAUAAAGAAUAAUAUAAAUAGCAACAAUUAUGUGGAGCCCCACCACGCAGAGCGCACGGCGGACAGUGUUUUGGGUGUAUAUAAUUACAUUUUCGAUUGAUGAACUGCGAUGAGAGAAAAUGGUAAAACCAAACCAAGAAAUGCUGUUAAAAGAACUAUGAAAGGAACAGAAUGAUACUAUUUAGUGAAACCAUUGUGAAUUGAAUAAACUCAAAUGAA